GCCGCCCCGGAACGCCCCCCCCCCCUGCCCCAGCACCCGCGGUUCUGCGGAGGCCGCCGCCUUCCCCUCCACGUCUCCAUCUGCCGGACCCGGGCCGAGCCGGACAUCGAGCGAUGGCGGAAAACCUAAAGAAACUGAUCACCAGCGAAUCUUUCAGAUCCUUGCAGGAGAGGCUAGAUCCCUGGCUCAGGGAGUACAACACAAACACAUGUGAUCAAAAUCUAAAUAUUUGCCUUGAACUCAUUGAACAAGUUGCCAAAGUGCAGGGACAACUCUUUGGGAUCCUCACAGCAGCAGCCCAAGAAGGAGGACAUAACGAUGGUGUGGAAACCAUCAAAUCACGCCUAUUGCCGUGGCUGGAAUCUUCUUUUACUGCAGCCUCCCUGGGGAAACCUGUGGACAGCAAGGUGCCCUCUCUGCAGGACACGUUUGAUAGGGAGAGACAUAAAGACUAUGGCCCUCGGGAUCGAGAUGCGCAAUUAGAAUCUGAUAUUAAUUCAACCCGUAGUCAGCUCAACCAGGUUCAAGACGAUCUGGCUGAAACCGAAAAGACUCUUGAAGAAACCAAGAAAAGAUCGGUCAUAUCCCUUUUGGCUGCAGAGGAGGAAAUAAAUCAGCUAAGAAAGCAGCUUAAAUCUCUUCAAGCCCAGGAGGACGCCCGCCACAGGAGCACAGACUCUAGGAGCUCGGCUGAGGCCAAGCGCUCAGAGCCCCGGACCUCGGAGCAGCGGAGAUCGGAGCAGCGAGGGGCGAUCAAGCGCAACCUGGAGCGGAACACCGAAGUGGCGUCGGACUAUGAGAAGCAGCUCCAGACCCUGAAGGACGAGAUCGCCGCUCUGUCUGCAGAAAAGUCCGCGCUCCAAGGAAGGAGCAGGUCUCCCAGCCCUACCCCUGGCAGCCCCAGCCGCAGUCGCCGCGCCACCGAUGCCUACUCUCAGGCGCGCCUGGACGCGCAGUGCCUGCUCCGCCGCUGCAUCGACAAAGCCGAGACCGUGCAGCGGAUCAUCUACGUCGCCACCGUGGAGGCGUUCCAUGUGGCUAAAAUGGCAUUCAGACAUUUCAAGAUCCGCGUGAGGAAGUCGCUGACGCCGACUUACGCGGGCUCCAAUGACUUUGAGAACGCAGUAAUGGAUUACAUCAUUUGUCACCUGGACCUGUACGACUCCCAGAGCAGUGUCAAUGAUGUGGUCCGAGCCAUGAAUGUCAACCCCAAGAUUUCAUUCCCCCCUGAAGUGGACUUCUGUGUGCUCAGCGACUUUAUCCAGGAGAUCUGCUGCAUUGCUUUUGCCAUGCAGGCUCUAGAGCCACCCCUAGACAUCGCCUUUGGGGCGGAUGGGGAAAUUUUUAACGAUUGCAAGUACCGCCGCAGCUACGACUCGGAUUUCACCGCUCCCUUGGUCUUCUACCACGUGUGGCCCGCUCUCAUGGAGAACGACUGUGUCAUUAUGAAGGGAGAAGCUGUCACCAGGAGAGGGGCUUUUUGGAAUUCGGUGCGAUCUGUAAGCCGAUGUCGAAGCAGGAGCCUAAGUCCAGUUUACCCUCGUAGCCGUAUUGGUUUAAGCACGUUGUCUCGAAGUCGGAGCCCUUCUCCAAUAAGAUGUGGAUUGCCAAGGUUUUAAAAGCGCCGGACCUGUUCCUGUGUCACCGUCCACAGUGACGGCCAGCCCCCGCAGCACCUUCGUCCUCCGCUGUGUCUGCCUCAGAUCUCACUUACGAUAAUGUGAAAGGCAAUUCUGUGUAUCACACCGCACAGAGAGUUAAACGUUUUGGCUUCAGCACGUUUGUAACUUUAGAUAUAUUGCAUUUUAUUUUAUUUUUUAGACACGGAUUCCAUUAAUUCCAUAAAAAUGAUUGCCUAGGUGUUUAGGAUCCUAUUCAUUUGAAGCAAAGUCCAUGACAAAGGUUCAGGAUUGGCACCCCGAGAUACAGGGCUUUUUCUUAGCAACUAGCCGGGCACACUAGAAUGUCUUUCCUGUGCUGAGUUCAGAAGCAAAGACAAGCCACUGUCGUUUCCAGUCCGUUUAGCUCGUAAUCUUGAUUUUCAUGGUGUCAUCGUUGGUAGCUUUACCUUGAAACCAGCGGUGGGGGUUUUCGUUUCUUCUGAAGGUUUGGAAGACAGCCCUAGGCUCAGGUUGAGGGGCUCACACCGUAGCCGUGAUGGAAGGCUACAGUAGAAGAUGGGGAUUCGUGAGCAGAGAGGAAGCGGCUUGCUUCUCUGGUCUUCCUCUGAGGGUUCAGUGUGGUUUAGUGAGUCCCGAAGUCCAAGCUGCCUUGUUGAGACUUUCUUACUUGCUAGAUGUGGGGCAGUGAUAGGAUUAGAAAGCCAGCUUUGAGAAAAAUGGAAUUCUUUUUGUUUACCUCCUGAG